AUGAAGGAUAGAGAAACCGUAAUCAUAAGUCAAUAUACAACAACCACCAUGAAUGACAAAAAAGCAAGUUCUUCACAUUUGCCAGGUGUCGGAGUCAUGGGAUCCUCAGCCGUUGUAGCACCCAAGCAGACUACCUUUGCAAUAUCAACACCACAACACCUCCUAGCCAGCAUGCAGCUUCAAAGACUGAACAGUCAAUAUCAGGGAGCUGAAGACAUACAGUCCUGGACUUUAAGCGGCCAUGGAUCACUUGCCAAUGCCAGUGGAUUGUUUGACCUGGAUCUUGUUGAUGAAGAAGUUCUUAUGUCCUUGGUACUUGAGCUGGGUCUGGACAGGGUUAAUGAGCUACCAGAGCUGUGGCUGGGACAGAAUGAGUUUGAAUUUGCACCAGAACUUCUGCUGUCCCCAGAGAAAUGA